CUUGAGCAAAGAAGUAGAGUCCUCGGCUACUAUGCCUCUCAUUCAAUUGCAGUAUAAAGGAUCCAAAGGAUUGGGUCCCAAUUGGUUGCCUUUAAAGCAAGAUUGGAGCAAAAGAUGGUGUACUCUUCCCGAAAAGUAUAAUCAAGAGUUUGCAAAACGUAUUGAUGAGUUUAAAACUAAAGACGGUGAUGUUUAUGUGGUGACAUUUAUGAAGAGUGGUACAACUUGGAUGCAAGAGUUGGCCUGGCUUUUAUUAAAUAAUUUGGACUAUGAACGAGCCAAAACAAGUCACACUGUGAGGCGGAGUCCACACAUAGAAUACUCGUGUAUAAAUAACAAAUUUUCAGUGGAUAAUAUUUCCUUGUGCGAUCAGAUGCAGGAUAAUCCUCGUUUUAUUAAAUCCCACCUUCCCUCACAACUUUUGCCGAGACAAAUUUGGGAGCAAAAACGGAAAAUCAUCUAUGUGGCUCGCAAUCCCAAGGAUGUUGUAAUAUCUUCCUUUCACUUUCUCACCAGCCUGGGACUUUGGCAGGGAAACUUGCAGGAUUAUAUAGAUGAAUAUAUCACAGAUCGGAUUCCGUUUACAUCAUACUGGUCACAUAUUAUUGACUUUUAUCGAAUGCGUAACGAAACUAAUGUAUUUUUUGUGACCUAUGAGGAGAUGAAACAAGAUCUAAAGGUUGUUAUUGAGAGACUGUCGAAGUUUUUGGAUUGCAAGAAAUUAAAUGAAAUGGAAAUGGAGACGCUGUUUAAACAUUUAUCAUUUGAUAAUAUGAAAGAAAACAAGUAUACCAACCCUACGAAAUUGAUUCAAAAUUCUUACAAUGCAAAGGAGGACUUUAAUUUUAUGCGACGCGGCAUUGUGGGUUCUUACAGGGAUGAACUUAACCCUGAGCAAAUAAAUAAAUUGGAUAGAUGGACGCAAGAUUAUUUACAAGAAUAUGGUAUAAAUGAAGCAGAUAUUUUUGGAAAUAUAUGAAUCUUUAAAAGGAUUCUUUACCCAAUCUAUCAGUAAAUAAUAUAUUGUAUCAUAUCUUGAUGUCUUAUACAGAAUAAAGCAAA